UGGAGACUUGACUCCACUCUGCCCACAGAGGAGAGUGCUGCAACGCUAGAUGGUUCACAUACACCCACUACGAGCACUGGUUCUUAUCUCCUGGGUGUUACUCUGUAGCAUUUUGUCGUCGCUACCCUUGAACCGGAACUCCUCCAGCCGAUUGGUUACACUGCACUGCUGUUACUGUGUCUGUUUAGGAAGAUAAGUCACCAUUUCAGACUCACGCUUCACAAGGAUGUAAGGCUUCACCUGAAAACCGUCGGCUUAUUUCUCCUUUUUGUUUUUGGCCUUCAUUGAAGGAUGUCUAAUUUUAGAUAACUUUUAAUAAGUGUUUUUUGUUAUCUUAGUUUUAGAAAAAAUGACUUAGCUGUGUGAAUGAUGAUAGAGAGGGAGGGGAGAUGAGCUGCUCGGCUCCUUCGGGUCAGUCAGCCUGAGGAGAAGGGAGAAACCUUGCCGGCUUCUUUCAGAUGGCUGUGCAGUGCUCGCUGUGGCCGGAUGAGGGUGUAUCUCUGAUCGGACACUGAUUUCUUACCCCCCACCUCCCCCCCCACCCACCCCUCUUCCCCCUUGUAAUUUUUGGUUUUUUUUGUGUGUGCCGAGUGAGGCAAUCCCAUUCCCCUCGGGCUCGGUCCGAGACCUUCAUUCAGUCAAGGGGAGGAUUAAACGCCCCAUUCGGCGAGAGAGAGAGACAGGCCGGGGAAAGAUGGGGAACACCACUUCAUGCUGCGUCUCAUCCAGCCCCAAACUGCGGAGGAACCACGCUCGCCUGGAGACCUACCGCACCGACACCGACAUCAGCCGGGAAGACACGGGCUGCAACCUGCAACACAUCAGCGACCGGGAGGCGGUGGACGAUUUAAACAUGGAAUUCAACCCUUCAGACCACCCUCGUGCUAGUACCAUGUUUUUAAGCAAGUCUCAAACAGAUGUGAGAGAGAAACGGAAAAGCCUCUAUAUAAAUCAUCAUCCUCCAGGGCAGAUGAAAAGGAAAUAUAGCUCCUGCUCCACCAUAUUCCUGGAUGAUAGCACUGUCAGUCAGCCAAAUCUCAAAUAUACCAUCAAAUGUGUAGCUCUUGCAAUAUAUUACCACAUCAGGAACAGAGAUUCGGAUGGACGAAUGUUAUUAGAUAUAUUUGAUGAGAAACUCCACCCAUUGUCGAAAACAGAAAUGCCGGCAGACUAUGAUCGACAUGAUCCAGAACAGAAACAGAUUUAUCGUUUUGUUCGAACGUUAUUCAGUGCAGCUCAGCUCACCGCAGAAUGUGCUAUUGUAACUUUGGUGUAUCUUGAGCGACUUUUAACGUAUGCAGAGAUUGACAUUUGCCCGAGUAACUGGAAACGGAUUGUGUUGGGGGCCAUCCUGCUUGCAUCCAAGGUAUGGGACGAUCAAGCUGUUUGGAAUGUGGACUACUGCCAAAUCCUUAAGGAUAUCACAGUGGAAGACAUGAAUGAGCUGGAACGCCAGUUUCUGGAGCUGCUGCAGUUCAACAUCAAUGUGCCCUCCAGUGUUUACGCAAAGUAUUACUUUGAUCUACGGUCCCUGGCAGAAGCCAACAACCUGAGUUUCCCACUGGAACCACUCAGCAGGGAAAGAGCGCAGAAGCUGGAGGCACUAUCCCGACUGUGUGAGGACAAGUACAAGGACUUGAGGAAAUCUGCUCGGAAGCGCUCAGCCAGUGCAGACAAUCUGACUGUGAUCCGAUGGUCUCCGGCCAUCAUUCCUUAACACUGGGCAGCUCUGCUCGAAUACAUGCGCUAUCAUCCAUCCAGUUUUUGUCUGGGGGAAAGAAAAUAAAAGAGACUUAAUUAGACUUUGGCUAGAUGCCUUCACAGUGCCUCCAUCUUGUGUAGCACAGGAAAAUGGAAAAUCUCAUUUGAGAGAAAAAAAACUAUGAAUUUAUGAGAAAGGACUUUCAUUUCUAGCAUCUUCACUGCCUCUAAACCGCACCCCCCUCCCCUUCAAUAUGGGCUUUAACACAGGGGCCACCAUCAUUAAUGGAAAAGGGGGUCUGGAGAUGGAAAACUGAGGAGGAAAAACGUCAUUCUUUACAGUUGGCCUGUUUACAGGAAAGAUAUUGAGAGAUGUGGAUAAGUAAGAGGUCUGCUUUCAACACACAGCUGAAGCAGUUUUUUGAGCACUGGUGUUUUAUCUUAAUUUAUUUUUAGCCUGGUAAAUUCAUGGUUGAUACUUUCAUGGGUGUGUAAAAGAUGAACCACUCAUGUGAAAUGCCACGAUAGUCAACAGUGAUCUGCUGUGUUUCAGAAACCAUUUUAAAGAUGUGCUUAACAUUUGAUUAAUUGCACCUAUUCUGCACCACCCUAUCCCAUAAAGGCAGUAUCUCCCCAGUGGAAGCAAAUCCAACGCGUCUUUUCAGUCCUGUGAAAAGUCAUCAAAAUAUGUACACUGCUCUAGUGCAAUUGUUUCCAUGUACUAAAUCAAAACACAUUACAGUGGGCACUUCCGUCAGAAUCACUUGAUAUAUUCCACAAGACAACACAUAUCGAUAUUUUUAUCUCAGUUUGAUAUCUUUUUGACGCUCUUGGAGCAGAGCUCAGUUCACGUUGCAGAGACAUGAGCACAAGAUUUCACGUAGAUCUUUAUUGGAAUAGCCACUGCUCCUUUAAUAUUACCAUUUUAAUUGAUAUACUUGAAGGUAUAUUUCACAUUGAUAAUUUCCAAAUGUAUAGUUCAUAUGUUAGCAUUCAUGUCUUCACUAUUUUAAUCCAGAAAACAUUCACCUUCCUAUUAUCUUGAUUUUAUUAUUUCCUUUUGCCUUUUCUAUAAUUUUCAAUGCUGUUACAUUACAUGUCGAACCAGUUUGACAUGGAUUUUCCACUCACAGGAAUGAGGAAUUAAGUAGAUCAGAUGCACUCUUUGUAAAGGCUCAAUUUCAUGAACUCAACAGUGCCCUCUUCUGAUAUUUUGUGGAAAUUAUAUAGAAUUCCAUACUGUGAGUCUCUCAGUCUAUCUCAUUCAAAUUCUAGUCUAGUCACUCAAAUUCUAGUUCUAUCACACUGCUGUGUUAUUAGCAUGCAAUUUUUACUGAAAGUGGAUCUAAAAAUCAUGCUGUUCAUAAAACAGUUGCAGGCUGGGACUCUAAUUGAAACUGAAGCACAGAUAAAACUGCACAUAGCUUUACAUGGAGAGUUUUGGCUCCAUAUAAUAGGUAAAACAUCUACUUGAUUUUAAUCCAUUGAAAACACAGUAUGUCCCCUUGAAGGAAAUCAAAGGUUUCUAAGAACAGGGCAAAUUAAUACCAACGUGUUUGUUAUCAAGUGAUUCAGGCAUUAUGCUCAUUGAUUUAAAUUCCAAUUUGCUCAUCUGAAACAAAGCUGUUGUGAACUGUCUGUGGGCAAAUUCCAUUAAAUGAUAAAUUGUUCAAUUUCACUGCUCCAUUGGCUCAGAGGGUAACUGCACUGCACUGUGUGCUGAGCCAUACAGAUCAGGGAUGGUGGGAUUUAUGAUCUUUGCCAAGUUAGCGGAUCUCUUUGGUCAUUUGGGUGCUUCAGUUGGCUUCAGCAUCCUGUAUAAAAAAAAAUUAAAGCAGGCAUGCUUCCCACAACUGCUAUGGGCACCCUGUGGGUGCCAAUUGGACACCGGAUUGGGCUUGGUUCUGAUGCUCUACUUUGAAUGCCCAAUCUUGUGCGUGAAGAAUAACGAUUGGAAUGAGGUGCCGAAAAGCAGCUGGGGCAUCUGUGGAACCUGGCAAAAGUCGAUGCCUUUGGAAGAAAAGAAGAGCAAAAAUUAGGAUCAACAAAAUAGUUGUGUAAUUAUUAAAUCUAUUCAUAUAACUCAAAACCAAUUUUGACCAAAACCUUAACCUUAGUAAUUUAAUCACUGAUUUAAUUUUUUUGAUACACAGUUUUCAAAGUAUUUUAGAGAGAAGAAUCAUCAUGUUAACAUAACUGCGAGUGAAUUUUAAUGAGAAGAACAUUGAUGAACUCUGUAAUUAUCCAAUUAUAAGUGUACUUUUGUGAAAUUUAUUAAACUUGUUAAAGAUUGUAUAACCUAUUUAUUGUAUGUAUGUACAUACAGUCUGAUGCUUACUUAAAAUGUAAAGUGGUCUCAGUAGAAUCUGGCUCAGUCUAGUUUAGACUGGUGAUUCUUGUCUUAGCCAUGUGCACUGGACUCUACCUCUGUAUAGAGAGUUUUCCCUUGAUCCUUGGUUAGUUGGAAUAUAAAAGCUUUUUUGUGACAAACUGAUUAUGUACUUUAAUUAUGUUUCUUGUGCUGAGAAAACCUACUGUAGCUAUUUUCAGUUUGACUUUUAAUGUGUAAAACCCAGAAAAUGGCUGACAUUGAGCAUUUUAUGUUUCUUUGUGUUAAUGCAACAACGCUUUUUAUCUCCCUUUUGUUGGUCAACUUUGCCAAAUACAAAAGAGUGUCUAUGGAUAAACUGCACAAUACCAACAGAUGUCCUGGACUGUAUCUCAUUCUUAAGCAUACAGUAACCUGCCAAAGGGCUGCACCCUGGUUAGAAUUUUGGGUAAACUCUGAUGAUUUCCCAUUGCUUCCCAUUACUGUGACAGUGAAUGACUAUUUUAAUAAAGUUAGGUGCCAAUUUGGUU